AUGACUGCCAUGACGAAGCGCGAAUACGGCGACGACGACAGUGCCCGCGUCAAGCGAGUCAAGACCGAGGCCAACGGCGAAGGCAAAAUGGACGCGGCGGCGAAUCCCUACCUGGCGCACUGGAACGACGAGAAGCCCGUCAAGAGCGAGUACAGCGGCGCCGGCACAGGGCUCCAGGGCUUCAAGCGCCAUGCCACCACCACGGCGCUGGCAAAUGCCGCCGAAGACGGCCCCAACAACGCCUUCACCGGACGCCCGCUCUCGAGCAAGUACAUGAGCAUCCUCAAGAAGAGGCGAGACCUGCCCGUCCACCAGCAGCGCGACGAGUUCCUCAAGCUCUACCAGGAGUCGCAGAUCCUCGUCUUCGUCGGUGAGACGGGUUCCGGAAAGACGACUCAGAUCCCGCAGUUCGUCCUCUUUGACGACCUGCCGCAGGAGAAUGCCAAGAUGGUCGCCUGUACCCAGCCGCGUCGUGUCGCUGCCAUGUCCGUCGCCCAGCGUGUGGCCGAGGAGAUGGACGUCGAGCUCGGCGAGGAGGUUGGAUACAGCAUUCGUUUCGAGGACAAGACGGGGCCCAACACCAUCCUCAAGUACAUGACCGACGGAAUGUUGUUGCGCGAGGCCAUGAACGACCACAACCUCACUCGCUACAGCACCAUCAUCCUCGACGAAGCUCACGAGAGAACCCUGGCUACCGAUAUCCUCAUGGGCCUGCUCAAGGAGGUUGUUCUGAGGCGGCCCGACCUCAAGCUCAUCAUCAUGAGUGCUACGCUCGAUGCCACCAAGUUCCAGAAGUACUUCCACAACGCCCCGCUGCUCGCCGUUCCUGGACGAACCCACCCCGUUGAGGUCUUCUACACACCCGCGCCCGAGCGAGACUACGUCGAAGCCGCCCUGCGAACCGUCCUUCAGAUCCACGCCACCGAAGCCGAAGGCGAUAUUCUGUUGUUUUUGACCGGUGAAGAAGAGAUUGAGGACGCAUGCAGGAAGAUCAAUCUCGAGGCUCAGGACCUUACCCGAGAAGGCGGUGCUGGGCCACUUGUCGUGUACCCGCUGUACGGAACUCUGCCGCCCGCACAACAGCAGAAGAUCUUCAACCCUGCGCCUCCACCCUCCACCCCAGGCGGCCGUCCUGGGCGCAAAGUCAUCGUUUCCACCAACAUUGCUGAGACAUCGCUCACUAUCGACGGUAUCGUCUACGUUGUAGACCCUGGUUUCAGCAAGCAAAAGGUGUACAACCCUCGUAUCCGUGUCGAGUCUCUCCUGGUUUCGCCCAUCUCCAAGGCCUCAGCCCAACAGCGAGCUGGUCGUGCGGGACGUACGCGACCUGGUAAAUGCUUCCGCCUUUACACCGAGCAAGCUUUCAAGAAGGAGCUCAUCGAACAGACCUACCCCGAAAUUCUGCGAUCGAAUUUGGCAAGCACCGUUCUUGAGUUGAAGAAGCUCGGAGUCGAUGAUCUGGUACACUUUGAUCUGAUGGACCCACCUGCGCCAGAGACGUUGAUGCGUGCCUUGGAGGAGCUCAACUACCUGGCAUGUCUCGACGACGAGGGCGAGCUCACCACACUUGGAGGGCUUGCCUCGCAAUUUCCUCUGGAUCCCGCCUUGGCAGUUAUGCUCAUCACCUCACCCGAGUUCUACUGCUCGAAUGAGAUUUUGUCACUUACUGCGCUACUCUCGGUACCUCAAAUCUUUGUUCGCCCAGCCAACAACCGGAAGCGAGCAGACGAGAUGAAGGAGCUUUUUGCGCAUCCCAAGGGCGACCAGCUUACCAUGCUGAAUGUCUACCACGCAUUCAAGAGCGAGGAGGCACAAGCAAACCCGAAGCAGUGGUGCCAUGACCACUUCCUCUCGUACCGAGCCUUGCAGCAAGCCGACAACGUCCGUCUUCAACUCAAGCGCAUAAUGGAGCGUGAGGAACUCGAAUUGAUGUCAACACCAUUCGAGAACAAGAAGUACUACGAGAACAUUCAGCGUGCGCUCGUCGCUGGCUUCUUCAUGCAAGUCGCCAAACGCGAUGGCAACGGCAAGAGCUACAUUACCGUCAAGGACGAGCAAAAUGUUCUUUUGCACCCUAGCACUGUUCUUGCUGAGGACAGUGAAUGGGUCAUCUACAACGAAUUUGUCUUGACAACCAAGAACUAUAUCCGUACAGUGACUUCGGUCAAGCCCGAGUGGCUAUUGCCAGGACAUCUCACCAAACUACUACGACUUGUCGCAGUUCAAGAAGGGCGAAAUCAAGACAGCUCUGCAACGGGUGGUUACCAAGCUCCAGCGGAAGGAAGCAGAGAAGCCCAGAAGAUGAGAGGACUUCUGCGACAACGCGAUCGCAAACCACACUACGCGCCAGGAUUCACUCACGCUCUCCCGAAAAUGGCACCAGUACAGAGCGACGAUGCUUCCUUAUUUCACACUGAGCGUAUAUCGCAAUACGUUUGCAUCCCGCCUUCAUGUCUCGCAGAUCCCUUCUCAGCAGUGUGCGCAACCGUACUAUCACCGCUACUCCUCACAUACUUCCCACCUGCGAAGGGUGUGGUCCUUGCAUACGAAGAUGUUGAGUUGAACAGCACACCACCAACCGCCGCAACAUCGAAAACCAAGAAGUCACAAUCUCAACAGCAAAGCGAGUUAAGUUCUGAUGAUGAUGCGCCCGCGGAGCCUUUACUACUCAGACACGUUGAUGAAUACGCGGCGCCGUUCUUUUGGGUUACUGCCUCGUUCAUUGUGUGGCGACCAACGCGAAAUGCCUACCUGACCGCUCAUAUCACGGACCAGGCAAAGACCCAUCUCACGCUCGCACAUCUCAACACCUUUCCCGUUAGUAUACUCAAAGAGUGCUUGCCCUCGGACUGGUCGUGGCAUUCGGAAGAAGCUGGUCACAUGAAGAAGGGCUGGGAUGGACGGUUGUCAGAUGAAGGAGGUUGGUGGGUGAACGGAGAUGGCGAAAAGGUUGAAGGAGAACUGCGCGUAAGGAUACGGGACGUUGAUGGCAGAAUGGAUGGAAAGGGCAAGGGUAAGGGCUUCCUACGUGUCGAUGGAGCCCUGAUCUCUGAAGAGGAGAUAAAGCAGGCACAACAGAAGAGCGGGAAAGGGAAGAGGAAGGCUACUACAAGCGCAAUGAAGGCGACACCGCAGAGACAGGCAGACGGAGAAGUCAUGGAAAUUGACUCAGACUAAUCCUACGGCACAACCUACAGUUCCAUGUCGCCAUUCUGGACGAUCGGCACGCUGCUCGGUGCUUCGAGCGUUGCGCUCGGCGCUUUCGGUGCGCAUGGGCUGAAGCAACGGAUUAGGGAUCCAGCGCUCAUUGCGAACUGGGGAACCGCUGCUCAAUACCAGCUCGUUCACUCCGUCGUCCUGACCAUGACCUCCGUCGUCGCGCCGGGAAACACAAUCGCAAUGGCACUCUUCACUGCGGGCAUGACCAUGUUCUCUGGAAGCAUAUAUCUACUUGUGCUGGAUGCCAAGAAGUACAAGUCUUUGGGGCCUGUUACGCCCAUUGGCGGGGCCUGCCUUAUUGCAGGCUGGCUUGCGCUUGCGGCGAGAGGAAAGAUGGUCACACCUCGACCAAGGUCGUCUUGA